AUGGCUGCAAAUAUAGGGAUUAUGGAUAGCGCUUACUUCGUGGGGAGGAAUGAGAUUCUUUCAUGGAUUAACGAUAGGCUUCAACUUAAUCUCACUCGGAUUGAAGAGGCUGCAUCUGGGGCCGUGCAGUGUCAGAUGAUGGAUAUGACAUACCCCGGUGUAGUUCCUAUGCACAAGGUGAAUUUUGACGGGAAGACUGAAUAUGAUUUCAUUCAGAACUACAAAGUGCUUCAGGAUGUUUUCAAUAAACUCAAGAUUAGCAAGCAUAUUGAGGUAAACAGGCUUGUCAAGGGGAGGCCGUUGGACAACUUGGAGUUUCUACAAUGGCUAAAACGUUAUUGUGAUUCAGUAAACGGUGGUCUAGUGAAUGAGAAUUACAAUCCGGUGGAACGUAGAACUAAAGCUGGUAAAGAAAGAGGCAUCAAAGUGUCUCAAAAGCAAUGUAAUAAGUCAUUACAGACGAGUAACACUGUUAAUCCUGGCAAAAGUGAUGCCGAUCCUCGAGUUCAAAGAAGGAUUAUCGGUUCCAAACAAGGGUAUUCAGGGAGUGUGGCUUCUGAGUCCAGUUCUGCAUUGGAGAUUCAAACAUUGACAAAUGAGGUCACAGAUCUCAAGCUUUCUGUUGUGGACUUGGAAAAGGAAAGAGACUUUUACUUUGCCAAGUUACAUGAUAUCGAAGUACUUUGCCAGACACCCGAGUUAGAAAAUCUUCCGGUGGCCGUGGCAAUUAAGAAGAUAUUGUAUGCAGAAGAUGAGAAAGAGUCUGCACUUGCCGAAGCUCAAGAAAUUGUGUCUCAGUCAGUAUAA